CGAGUGAAGACUCGGAGCCAAUCAGCGGUGACGCCGCUUGUGCGCCUCCACGUCGGCAUCAGCUGCGGUCAAGAUGGAGGCACUGAUCUUGGAGCCCUCCCUGUACACUGUCAAGGCCAUCCUGAUUCUGGACAAUGAUGGAGACCGACUCUUUGCUAAGUACUAUGACGACACCUACCCCAGUGUCAAGGAGCAAAAGGCCUUUGAGAAGAACAUUUUCAACAAGACCCAUCGGACAGAUAGUGAAAUUGCCCUGUUGGAAGGGCUGACAGUGGUCUAUAAAAGUAGCAUCGAUCUCUAUUUCUAUGUGAUUGGCAGCUCCUAUGAAAAUGAGUUGAUGCUUAUGGCUGUUCUGAAUUGCCUCUUUGACUCCUUGAGCCAGAUGCUGAGGAAAAAUGUAGAAAAGCGAGCUCUGUUGGAGAAUAUGGAGGGGCUCUUCUUGGCUGUGGAUGAAAUUGUAGAUGGAGGGGUGAUCCUAGAGAGCGACCCCCAGCAAGUGGUACACCGGGUGGCUUUGAGGGGUGAAGACGUCCCCCUUACAGAGCAGACCGUGUCUCAGGUGCUGCAGUCAGCAAAAGAACAGAUCAAGUGGUCCCUCCUUCGGUGAAGAUAUUCCAUGCCCAGUUCCUUGCCCCUCAAAACCCCACAUCUGCUGUGACUUCUUAUCCAGGCCCCCAACAGAUGCUCUUAGGGUCAUCGUGGAGAAUCACAAUGGACCCUUGCAUCUCUAUCCUUUCUGGGGUUGUCCCCCUCUUCCUUCCCUCUCAAGGGCAGAUUUGAAUGAGGCAGAGGAAACACCCUCUUCUUACUACACUGGUCCUCCACCCCCACAUUCUCUCCUUGGUUUCUUGGCCCUUUUCUAUGGCUGUACUUCAGAUCAAAGCAGGAGAAAGAAUGUGCUGAGUGUUUUCCUCCCUGUGCCUUAAAGGCCCUCAUCCCAGCAGCCCGUAAGUCCAGCACAGGGGAGGACUGCUUCCUUUAGCACAAGUGGGUGUGGAAUGUCAGGGCUGUGCAUCUUUGCCUCAGCAGCUUCUCCCCUCCCUGCCGCCCUGUCCUCUGCCUUGGAAGAGAUUGG